AAAAAUAUUAUACAGUUGAAGAUGGAAGGAUCUCCAAGCAGAAGCUCACAACAUGCUAAAACCAUGGGUGGAUCACAAGCUCCAAUCAAGCAGAGAGUGAAGAUGGUUGAGAAAUCGAUUCAGGAUGGCAAAACAGAGUUAAACAACAAUAAGAAAGAAAUGCAAGUUUUGAGAUCAGAGUGUGCAACACUUGAGGCUAAAAACAAGGAGACCACUAAUGAAAUCCUGAAGGAAAUCCUUGAGGACAUUGCUAACCUCGAUAAGGACUUCAAAAAGCUAGUUGAGAUGGAUAACAACGAAGUCAAAUUCUUGCAGCAGCAACUAUUCCAAUUGACUCAGGAGAAGACCAAGCUCCAACAGUCAGUAGUCAUGCUCGAUACUAGAGUUGCCAAUGUGGAGAAUGAUGUCGGAUUUGAGUAAUUC